GGCUCCUGCUUCCACCGCCGCCCGCCCGCCAGCCCGCCCCCCCUUCGGUCCAGCCCUUCCCCGAGCGGCGCUCCCUGCCACAGGAAGCCCCGCCAGCGGCCUCCGAGGGCCCUGCAGGGCGAGCCACAAGGCCGAGCAGGUCCAGGUGUAUGCUGAUCCAGGCUAUUUGGACACCUUGACUCAGCUGCUGGGACCCUCCCCCCCCAAGGGGGCAGAAUGGAGUUAGAGGAGGGUUACAAUGGAAGUUCAGCUCCGGGAGCUCAAGGAGGCGUGGCUAUGUCCAUCAUUGGCGCAGAAGAUGAGGACUUUGAAAAUGACAUUGAACCUUUCCAGCACCCGGACGCUCAAACCGGCUUGUUCCAAAACCUGGAGAUCCUCAUGAAGCACCCUGCCUACUUGAUGGUCUUCAUACAACAUGUGGUGUUGCAGUUUGAUUCAAGCCCUGUGCUCUGUUACCUGCACGUGGACCUCAUCCUAAACCGCCUUGGGCCCAAGGAAUCCAAGAAGCAAUUUGUGGAUUUCUGCCAUGCCUUCUUAGACAAAACUGGGCUACUGAGAGUCCCUGUUCCAAAUGCUGUGCAGUUUGAACUGGACCGAAACAGACCUGAUCUCAUCCCGGAAGACCAACUGAAAAAAUAUUUGCAGGACAUCCAAUCUUUUCAAGCAACGGAGAUCUCCCAGCAGUUGGAGGACUUCAGGGAAAAAAGGAAAAUGGGAAUGACUCCAGGAGAGAAGGAGCUUUUUGAACUGGAAGGCUAUCGGACCAAGGACAAAGGCAUCAGAGAGGCCAAAGAGAAACAGCUGGCGGAGCAGCUGUUGGUCAAACUGGAGGAGAUGCACCUCACCAUUUCUGCCGACGAGGAAAAAAGCUCUGCCAUAUUUACCGCCAUUGUCACGUAUAUGAAGCAUCUGGGGGUUAAGACGAAGACAGCUGAUAACAAGAAGUCCAAAGCAAACUUUUUCCGCAAAAAGAUUUCAGGCACCAAGAAACAAGAGGAAGCCCUCAAACCAAAGAAAGGCUUCAGCAUUUUGGACCCAGCCCGGUGGAACCGUGGGGAUUCCCAUUAUUCUGAUUACAGACAGCCCAAACCUGAGGGUGAAGCAGCUGAGAAGACACCAGCCUUGGACAAAAAAACCAAGUCAACAGAAGGAACUUCCGGGCGGAGCAAGGGGACCCCUUCGGCGCAGGAUCCCUCUGGUGUGUCUGUCACUGUGCAUCCCCCACCUGGAGAGAGCAAUGACGGAGAACAGGGAUUGGACAGUGCGGGUCUAGCUGAUUCAGGAGAUUCACCGGUUACUGAGCAACCUCUGGCUGGAGAGCAGCUCUCGCUGGAUGAAAGCGCAGAAAAUGAAAGAAGGCGAAAAAGGCUGCCAGGGAAGUUGGGCCGCUCGGAGAGCUUGCGGGUUUACGAGCGGAAGCGGUCUCAGCGAGGCUCGGCCAAAGGCAAACAGCCGCGUUCGCGGAGCGAUGUGGACAUUGAAGCCGCGGCCCGGGCCAGCGAGCUGGAAGAAAAACCAACUCUAGAACAGGCUCGGCAGAAGCAGGGAAGCCGCAAUUUGGAGCCUGGAGGGGCCGGGGGAGGGGAGCCCCCGCCGUCCUUUCUGCUUCCCCAGUCUGAGGAGUUUGAGCCGCGUGUUUCGGAACUGGAACAGGACCCGCCAAACUGGCGGGAGCUUGUCCCCCCCGACACCCUCCUCAGGCUGAAGAAAAGUGAAGUGAAGCGGCAAGAAGUGAUCAACGAACUGUUUAUCACAGAGCACGCCCACAUGCGGAUGCUUCGGGUAUUGCUUGAGGUUUUCUAUCAACCGUUGUUGACCGAGGGAUACUUCACGGACAGCGAACUGGUGAACAUUUUUCCCAGUCUGGAAGAUCUGAUCGACGAACACAAACUGUUUCUGGACAACCUGAAGAAGCUGAGGGAGGAAAAUAAUUUGAUUGUCUCUGAAAUUGGAAGCACUCUGCUGGCUAGAUUUGAUGGGUCUGAAGGAAACUGGUUUCAGAAGAUCUCUUCCCGUUUUUGCAGUCGCCAAUCUUUUGCAUUAGAACAGCUGAAGGCAAAGCAGAAGAAAGAAGCUCGUUUCAACCAGUUCAUUCAGGAAGCAGAAAGUAAACCUCGAUGCCGGCGAUUACAGUUGAAGGACAUCAUUCCUAUUGAGAUGCAGAGGCUAACCAAGUAUCCGCUGUUGCUCCAUUCUAUUGCCAAAUGCACUGAGGAGGCUGAGGAACGUCAGAAGGUGGAAAGGGCGGCUGAGUGCUGUCGUCAGAUCCUCAACCACGUCAACCAAGAAGUGCGUGUCAUGGAGAAUUUACUGAAACUCAAAGAUUAUCAGCGGCGUUUGGACCUCUCCAACCUUAAACAAAGCACCGAUCCUCUGCUGAGUGAAUUUCGGAACACAGAUAUCACCAAGCGCAACCUUGUGUACGAGGGACCCCUGACGUGGCGUGUUACCAAGGAUAAAUCAGUUGAUGUCCACGUCCUCUUGCUGGAUGAUAUCUUGGUUCUUCUCCAGAAGCAGGAAGAACGCCUGGUGCUCAAGUGUCACAGCCGCACAAUCACCCCAACCCCCGAUGGGAAACAAAUGCUGUCCCCCAUCAUCAAGCUCAACUCUGCCAUGACCCGCGAAGUGGCCACAGACAUCAAGGCUUUCUACGUGAUCUUCAGCUGGGAGAACGGGGCUCAGAUCUACGAACUGGUGGCUCAGACGGUGUCAGAAAGGAAGAACUGGUGCAACAUCAUUAGCGAUACUGCCGGGUCACUGAAGCUGCCCGCUUCCAGUAACAAACCUCGGCUUUCUGUAACAAACCGGACUUCACCACAUAGUCCCAGCUACUACUCAGAGACCCUUUUGGGUGGAGCAGAAAACGGCAGCCCCCUUAAGGAGGCACUGCAGUCAGAGGAGCAAGAAAAAGAUGGCGUGCUGGAAGGCGCAGAGUUUGAGGACCGGAAUCCUGUUGGUGGAGCAAAGAUGGACAAGGCGGUGGAAGCCUUCGUGGCUGACCUACAGACUUUCUGCAGAUCUCAACCUCCUGGCCAGGUCACUCUAGCUUCUGCUGCCCAGGACCGAGUUUUGGCCCUCAAGAGGCUACUUCAGAUACCAGACGAAGGAGAGGCCCUUUUUCCUGCAGAACCUACAGAUCUUUCUCCCGAGAAUGGAGACCCCCAGGAGGCAGAAGAGGAAUGGGACGGGACUUUCAGGAUGGAAGGAGACAAUAGCAGGAGGCUUCCAGCCAAUUCUUUGAAUGGCCCUCCAGAUCCAGAGUGGAGUUCUGAGCAUCUGGAUAAGGAAAGUCCCCGUUUCCCCAUCGUUCUGUCCCUCCAGCAAUCUGACGGGGUGAAGCAUCACUUAAGGCUUCUAGAAGAUGCCAUUCAGGGUCUGAAGGAUAUAGAAACAGAAUACUGGAGGCUUCAGCAGCUGAUGGGCAAGUUUACAUCAUCUCAGCAACCUGGUUCCACAUGAGACUUGGCCAAGCAAGGUCUGUUCAAAAACGAAGGAAGAGGCUGUGGGCCAACCCGUUUAUCCUGCCAGCCAGUUCUUUCCCAGCAUGAGGCAGCCUCACGGGGAUUUAAGCUGCUGCUUGUUUUGUAUAGGGAGCGAUGCUGUGGAUUUUGUACAUAGAAUUUUCUGCCUAGAUCACAGUAUAAGGGGAAAUAUUUAGAGCAGGGCUAUCCAACUUUGACAAUUUUUAAGUCCUGUGGACUUAACCCCCCACCCUCCCCCCGAAUUCUCCAGCCAGCCAUGCUGGCUGGGAAAUUCAGGGCAUUGACAUCCACAUGUCUUCCAAGUUGCCAAGGUUGAACACCCCUGAUUUAGAGGUCGAAGCGUCUUAUUUUGAAAAGUCCAGGUGUGUGGAGAGGAAAGUUCACACUAGGUCAGAAAGAAAGAUGCUUUCUUAGGUCAGCUUCACUUUUAAGCCAGGGGAAUAGUUUACAGUGCUGGUUCUCAGGGGUGACAUAUUACAAAACUGGGAUCUGAUGAUCUUCUCUGUUGGCCAAAAGAGGUGCUGGGCUAACCAAGAACUCAGGUGCCUGAGACCAGAGCUCAUAAUUCGAUGGCCUGUUUACUAAGAGGCUCCCAAGAUACCUCAAAGAGGGUGUGUAAUUAAGAACACUUAGUAGCUAUUGUGCCUUCCCUCAAAAGUUUAUCCUCAGCUCCCAGGGGUGUAACUCACCCAUUCAUGUAUUAACUUCCAGACAUGUAUCACUGUUCUUGUUAAAAAAAAAUGCAAUUGCAGCCAAGCUUCCAGAGGAAAGAGAAACAAACUCAAUUCUGAAAUCUCUCCAAUUUAUAUUCUUAGGUUAAUAUUUUAUCCUUGCAUAGACACACAUAGGUAAACCCUGCAGACAUUCCUAUUCUUCUACCAAUCUUGGUCUUAUAACUAUCUGAACUCAUUUAAUCAGGUCCCCAAUUCUUCCUGCCCCGUCAUGUUUUUCCUCCAGCCGGUCAACCCAAACCCAUCACCACCAGAAGCGUGACAUUCUUACAAAACAGAAGGAGAGAGGUGAAAACCUAGGUGGGUGCUUUUCUUUGUGACACAUCUCCAGAGCACAGUCCUGAACGGCUAACUUCCCAGUCCCCAUACUUCGUAAUGUUGGGUCUACUGUUUCCUGAAUGACCAACCAAAAGCCAUGUUAGCUGAGGACUUCUGGACAUUGUCGUUUCCAUUUAUGUUGAGGGCUUCCGAGGUUAGGGAAGGCAGUUGAUCCAACGAUGGACCCUUGGACUAAAGUUCUAAAGAAUAUACAUUCCAAAUACAAAGAGAAGUAGAGGACAAGAAAGAAUGAGUCCUGUGUUUAAGGUUGGGUGACAAGUUGGCAUGGUUCUAGAAUUGAAGGCAGUGCCUUUAGAAGUCUGAGAAUUAUUUUCUCACUGGGAAAAAGGUAACAACCAACAUGCUUCCCAGAAGCCUAGUUUGCCUCAUGCUGCCAGUCUUCCCUUGGGUACAAAUGGGGAUACCUGCACCCUGAACGGAACGUCAUCCUGAAUCCUUGGCUCUAUGCAAGGGAUCCCCUCACCUCAAAGCUUUUUGCUGGGGUGCUGAGCAAGGAAACAUUCCUCCUAUGAAAAGUCAACCAUUCCUGAAGCUUCAUUCCAAUUAGACCUUUCCUGUUUACAUACCCCUUCCGUUUCCCCCCCCUUCAAUCGUCUAUUAUCUUUUCACUAGGGAAACCACCCCCCAUUUCUCUUCUCCGAGUCCAAAUAUCAUGUAUCCUAAGUGCAUUCUGAAUCACGGAUCCGACCGUGAGCCUGUUGCCAAAAUCGGCACUUAGCGCUCAUUCCGUUCGACCUCGGGCCAUCCUCCCCUGCUCUUCCUUGCCUGCCAAUAGUGCCACAAGUUGUUAAUCACGAGCCACACACAAGCAGCACACUUUUUGGAGUGCAGAUACGGGCCUCUUUCGAACCCUCACAUAAUGCAAUGCACGGAUACCUCACUGCUUUUGAUGAUCUGCUGUUCUGCGCUCUGUUCAGCAGGUGGUGCCACAGCUGUGUGUAUGUGUAAUGUAUAGGUAUGUGCGCGCGCACACACACACAUGCAUACACACAUGGUGCUACUUCUUGGUGCUUCUAAAGGGUCUAGGAGUUAUUAAAAUCCUGGAAGAAUUUCUCAACCUCUUUGCUCAAUCCCUCUGCAGCGGUUGCAUAAGUCUGUAAGCUGCCAUUGGUGACAGUUGGUCCCAGGAAGUAGAAGAGUUUUAAAAAUUCAGGGAGGAUUUGGCUUUGCUAUAUCCACACAGCAUCCAAUCCCUUCGUUUCGCUUUUUCUGCCUCCCAAUUAGGAGGGAUUAGCUGUUGUUAAGCAAUCACAAGAGUGCUUCCUUUCUCUCUUGGAAAAAAAAAAGCCUUGCUGGUGACAGAAUGGAAAGUGAUGGGUUAAUGGGGGGGGGGGAUACUGGAAAGUUUCUGGGAAAGAAGCUGAAUCUAGCCAAGAGGUGAGAAAAAAAAGUUUGGAUGUGGGAGGGAAAAAAGGGAUGGUGUCUGCCCCACAGAGGGAAUAUAGAGAUGAGGGGGCCAAUCCACCAGCGAUUUUAGAGACAGAUCUUUAUUCAAUUGCUUCCAAGUGUCUUUAUACUGUUUUGAUAAUAUGCUAGUAUUUUAAGAAAACUUGUUUGGUUUUUUUUUUUUGUUAGCUGGGAAACAGUCCCCAUGUUAAGGGAAUGAUGGGGAAUCCAGGACUGUCUUAUGUAGAGCGAGAUCAUGUUUAGUUGUGUCUAUUUUUUUAAAAAUCUAUUGUUGUACAAAGCGUGUAAACCAAUAUAUUCAGUGAGACUUUUUUUCUGUGACCUCCCAGUAUUAUGAAGUAUAUAAUGUUAAAGGGGUGGAGAAGAGGAUGUUGGUCCUAAAAGACGUGUUUUCACAACUGACGCCUUUGCAGUGUUAAGAAAUAUUCUCAAGAUCGUCCCUAGAACUCUUUUUUUUUUAAUCUACGGACAGUAUGUUUCUGGCUCUCCGCUCUUUUUUUUUUU